AUGCUUUCCUUUGUUCCCGAUCCAGCUUCUUUUCUGGCGCCCACCAUUCCCAGUACCAACAUCAUCGUCGCUUCGCCCAAAGACUACGGUCGCGAAGUCCAAGCGCAACCUCAACCACCGACCAACAAAUGGUUGCAGAGCGGUGCGAAUCUGUCUCUCGACGACUUGUCCCCGUCUUUCCUCGAAGAUUUCAACGCACCUCCGCGAGGAUCCACCAUCUCUGCACCGGCUGCUAGCUACGCUCAAGCAUUUCAGAGUCACCAAGAUUUGGGCAUUCCGCGCGCUGCAACAGGCGCUCGUGCCGGAGGCUGGCUCGGCGUCGACACGUCCAGCGUACCCACGCCGCGAUCCCGUUCUCACAGCGCACCAGGCUACUACGACGAAGCUAGAACGCCGCGCGCCGUGUCCAUCCCUGCUGCCUACACUGCGUCAGCCGCUCCUGUGCUUGGCGAGAAUUUCAGUGCUGAGCCUUGCGCACUUUACGAUGGCAGCUUGAUGCCCCGAAGGCUGGCUCCUUCGGACACUGUCACCAGGUCGAACAGCCUCUCUGGCGCUUUUGACAUGGCAUACACGACCCAUGUCCAGCCUACUUCCGCAUCCAACGUGGUGCAGUCUGAAGCAACCACGAACCCCCCGCUUUCGGGCAUAUCUCACUGGAAGCCUGACGCGACUCUGAUGCAGCUCGCCUGCGAGGUCAUCGAAGCCCACUCGCAGCCUCAUCGCCGCGCCCAAUUCGAGACGGCAUCUCACAAAUUUGCUCGAGCAUGGCUCGAGUCCUCAUAUGUUGCCAGCGCCGCCACACCCACUGCGCCGAUCCGGCGUAGCGCUAUUGCUCGGUCGUACCAGCUCGCGUGCGCCCAAUAUGGCAUCGUUGCGCCUCUCAGCGUUUCCGUAAUUGGCAAAAUCCUCAAGUCGACGUUUCCAGGACUGCAACACCGUCGUCUUGGAUCGCGCGCCUGCAGCGUGUGGCAUUAUCUCGGUCUGAAAGCUCUGACGCCGCACGAGGAGCACAUGCUCGGUGUUGUGUAUGAUGCGAUGGACGCUGAGCGUCGCGCGUCGGCCCCGACGAACAAGUAUGCCCUAAGCGAGGCGGGUAUGCAUGCGCAAGAUUCAGACUGCGACGAAGAGUCGUCUCUCGACGGCACCUUCGAUCGCUGUGCAAGCCUCAGCAGCGACAGUUCCCAUAGCCGUCAAAAUAGCAUCAGCGUUCUUGAAGUGGAGCAGAUGCUGGACAAUCUCAAGAUCAACGGACGCGGCGUUCGUGCCAUCUCGGACUGGCCAAGAGCUGUCAACACUGUCAGUAUCGGUCUCGACGAUCUCGCUCGCACCACCUGGGCCCAGCUGGAGGGAAGCUACCAGCAGCAGCUCGAGGCUUUUGAAUCACUGGACUUUGCCAUGUUCAAGCAACUUGCUGUCCAGCAGUACCGUGGUGCAUCCCGCGACACCACCUGGGCUAUCUGGGGCAACGAAGCGCUGUGCGGGCUAGUCUCGUCCGCCGAGACUUUGCUUUACGAGCACCUUCUCCGUCUUCUCGACGCUCAUAUCUCAGAUCCGCCCAUCGAGUCGGUGUGCGCUGGUUUGCAAGAUCUCGCCACCACGCUGGCUGUCGAGGUGUACGCAAGUCUGCACGGAGUGGACGGUGGACCUCGCCCAUCGAGUCACGCCCCUGGCAUUUGCUCGAUCUGGAGCGGUGUAAUCGAGCUGCGUUCCCGCUCCCAUCUCGCUUCGGAGGCGUGGAAAGGGUUUGCAGCUCCGCUAGACUUUACCGCACAUGACUCAGCGCAGUUGGACCAAUCGAGCAGUGCUCGCUUUGCCGACUUUGAUGGUAGCGCUAUGGAUCCCGACGACUACUCGCUUUCGCGUCCACCCACACGCGGUGCUGACAACUCGCUCAACGUCGAGGCUACCAGCGAGAUUUGGCAAUUUAAUGCGCCCAACAACAGCAUAGAGAGUAUGGCCUCAAGCGACGUCAACGAAACGUGCAGCAAUAGCAGCAGCAGUGGGGCCAGCAGCCCGUCUUACAGCCUGUCUAGCAGCACAUCCAGCUUGGACCUUCGCUCGCGCCACAUGCAAGAAAAUGGCUUUGGCAACAUCAUCACUAAAUGGAGCGAUGAUGACGCAGAGGGCGAGAGGGAUGAAGACUUUGACCAACUCAUCUCUCCAGCCAGCUCGACGUCUUCCAACAUGGACUGGGAUGCUGCCACACCCAACAAGGCCGCUGCCCCCCAAGAGCAUCUUGACGGUGCUGCAAACAAUUCCGGUCUGACCCGCCUGGCCGACGCAGGACCUAUGCUGGCCGUCUGA